AUGACGUCCAUGCGGCGCACGAAGCCGUCUCGGCGAAACGCAUGCGGCGCUUCUCUGUUUUGCUGUUGCCUUUUGCUUCUUGUGCUCCAUUCCGAAUUCACCCCGUCUGCGAUUGCCUCCUCGCUUAGCAGCAAAACCAACCCCCCAAAUGGCGGUCCCUCCUCCUCCUCCUCCUCUCAAGAGGUCAACUCGACGUUGUGUCCUGGCAUCACUCUGGAGGGCUGCUCCGACGAUGCGUGCCUUUCGUUUGGUGCGAGCAACUGCCCGGAAAGGUGUCUCUACAACGCCGUCGCGCAGCGGUGCGUCGGCCUGAAGUCUUGUCUGCUAAAUUCGUGCUCAGGCCACGGCUUGUGUGAGCUGAACAGCACCGUGGCUCCCAGCUGCAGGUGCGCUGCUGACUACUAUGGAACAGAUUGUGACGCCAUCUGCAAUGAGGAAAGCUGCGCCGACGCAUAUGGCGUCAUCGGUCUGGCGUGCUCCGCUGAGGGAACAUGUCACUGCCCGGAUCACUUCACUCCCUUGUCUCGUGCCUGCAGCAAGUGCGAAGAUGGCUGGUACGGGGUCCUGUGCGAUUUAUCGUGCCCGUGCGGCGGCCACGGCAACUGCGACCGUGAGACGCGUGCGUGUCACUGCUUCCGCGACCCCGGUCGCGGCUACUGGGACGGCGACAGCUGCACCCACUGCCUGGCCUCGUACAUGGGUGACGACUGCACAACGCCAAACGCACUCUUCACGGCGUUGCCGCACGCCGUCAUGUACCUCUCGUUUCCCACCACCUCUUUCGACGACCGCGGCCCGCUGACGCUGCAGUGGAGCGGCUCAGGACAGCUGAUCGUGUCUCGCGGAGCAGCCGUCCUCUGCGGGGAGGUCAGCGUCAUGAACCGCACCGGGAUUGAGAGGGCGGUGUUUCUGCCCACACAAGCGCCACACAUCACCCCUCGUGUGAUACGCAGCAGCACCCUCUUUCGGAACGGGACCGUUGCGUUGCUCGGUGCAGGUCCACGAGUAGGCGACGACGCUUCCUCGUCUCCCCAUGACGGCGGCGAUUUGAUGGGCGUCUCCGUGUUGCAUUGCACGGCAAGCCUGAGCACCAAUGAUUGCGUGUUGAUGAUGGUGGAAGACUACACCUUGACGCCGGUGCCGUUGUCUUCGAGCGCUGGCGUUGUGGAUGUGGUGGACGCGCGGAUUGCGGAGGAGUGGGGGUGGGCCCUGCUGCUGUCCAGCGGGCUCGUUGUGCUGCACAAACAUCUCUCUGAUAUCCGCCUCCUGCAGCUGCCGGCCGACUUUACGGCCACGUCGGUGCACAUCGACGAAACUGGCGGGGUGGUUUUUGUGGCGGGUGCCACAGGUGGGCGAUGGUCCGUCUACGCCACACACAGUGGCGGCGAUGGCGGGACUGGCUUCGUCGAGGUUUCCUUCAGCAAUGCGACGAGCGGCGACCCUUUUGUGCAGACGGGAGUUGCGUGGCAGGUGAACGUGUCGGGGAGCCACAUGUAUGCCACCGGGUCAUCGGCAUCGUCGUCCAGCGAAGCGUGGGUCCUUGCGGGAACUCUCCGCUUGGCGAAUGACCGAGCAGACAUCGCGGUGUCAGUCUGUGCAUUCUCCACUGUUGCUAUCGGUGGCGAGCCACGUGCGAUUUCCUUGUUCAGCAGCGACGUGGACAGCUUCACAACGCUGCUGAUUGUGGUGCAAACGGACGCCGAGGCCGCGACCUUUGUCUGGGUGAUGGACAACGCCGCGGCGCCGUCGCAGUUGGAGCUGCGCAACGCGCAGGACAUCACCGCCGUGCUGGACGGUGAAGCCGACGUGUUCACGACCUACGUGUGGGCGAACGGCCUUCUGUUGUUCUCCCAGGCCAGUAGCACCGGUGUCGUCGUGCACCCCUUCACCGGCUACAGUGUGACAUCAAUCGCCCCUUCCCUGGUGGUCGCCGCGGGGCUCACGCCUCUCACACUGACCGGGAUCUUCUUGAUGAACGGGAUCGAGUGCGUCUCUGAGGCGCAUCGCGCACCAGCGGUAACGGCGAACUCGACGGUCAUGCAGUGCUCAUCGCUGCAGUGGCCGGAGGCGAAGACGUGCGCGCCGGUGUCGGUGGAGGCGUCGAUGCCCGGCACGAUCUUCACCGCCACGACGGACAACCGACUCCCCCUGCAGCGGUACCCCAGCGUUCUCCUGACGGCGAUUUACGGCGUGGGGACGACCGGGGCCUACGCGUCGGUAUUUUCUGAAGCGCCCAUCUUCAUUUUUGGCCAGGGCUUCGUGAACACGUCGGGGCUUGAGUGCGUUUACGUGGACAGCGAACGUUACUAUCGGUCACGAGGCCAUUACCUUUCUUCGCAGCAGAUCCUCUGUGACUUCCCCGCCGAAGUCGACGGCCCGACAGUGGGCAAUACCGGAUCUUUUUCGGUCAGUUUGAACGGGCACGUUCUCUCCGAUCCGUUGAGAUUUACGUUUAUCGGCGAGGCUGCUGGACUGGCGGUGUUAGCCCCGGCGGCGCCUUUCACCGUCGUCUCGGCCGCCUACGUGGGCCUACCAUCGAUCGACGUUGUCGUGGUGGAUUCGGAGGGGCACCCGCUGCGGGAGCUGGACAGGAAUCGCACUACGGACGUCUUGUUCGAGCGGGUGGUGCAGCUCAGCGCGCCGUGGUUCGUCUCCACCCGCAAGGAAGUCGCCCGCCACAUCGACCCCGCCAGCAGUCUCGUCGUGCUGGCGUACAGCAACAAAACACUUAGCGGUGCAACAUCCUUCACGGUCGUGCUGCAGUACCCUCUCGUCGGCGUCGGGCAGCUGACCUUCUCCUCUGCGGGACUCGCUUCUGCUAACUGGACAUACUGGGUGGAGGAGGGCGCCCCGCACACGAUGGAAGUCGCGGUGCAGCCGUCGCCGCUGCUGAACAACCACCACACCAACGCCAGCCGCCAGCCCGUCAUCGUGUUCCGUGACAUCGCCGGGAACAUCGUGGGCGAUCAAAAUGAGCUGCGAGUCAUGACUCGGGGCUCGGUGGCCGUGGCGUACUUUGACGGGGUGGCGUGGACCUCGCAGGUGUCGCAGCCAGUGAGCGAGAACGGGUACUUCAACUUCACCUCUGUGUACCCGGAGGGCUUGUUUGGGAACGCCUACCAGAUGACGUUCAUGGCAGAAAACUUCAGCAACGUGUCGUCAGACGUGAUGACGACGGGCGCUUGCUACGGCGACGAGUACGGUCGCUACGACACGACUAGCUGCCUGCCGUGCCCAGAUCACGCCACGUGCAACGGGAGCUACGUGUUCAACGUGACGGACGGGUACUGGAAGGGCGGGGAGGUCGCCUACGACAUCUACCGCUGCUCGCGGCCACGUGUGUGCCGCGCGGGGCGGUGCGCGACAGGUUACACCGGUGUGCUGUGCGGCGUGUGCGAUGCCGGCUACGGGCUGACGGGCUCGCAGUGCGCCAAGUGCUUCUCGACAGCCGCCAACGUUGUGCUUGUGGUCCUCCUCAUUGUCUGUGUGCCUCUCGUGCCUCUCUUUCUCACGUUUCUGACCUUCCAGGUUUUUGGGCCGCACUUCAGCGUCGUGCACGGUGCACGCGCCAUUUUGGAUUUCGUACAGCUGAUCGGGUUGGUUUUGCUGCCGAUGCCGGAGCUGCCGGACUACGUAGGACGCUUUGUCGUCUUCACGCGGCUCCUCUCCACCGGCGAUGCGUUGAUGCUGUCGCCCUUCAACUGCCUCUUCACCAGCCUCGUCGCCACCGAGAAGUUCGCGGUGGAGGUCGUCGCCGUGGCGGUUAUUCUGGCCGUCCUCUUCAUCGUGCUGCUGUACGGCGACGUUCGCUUCGCCCGCCACUUCGAGGCGCUGCGCAAGAGACGGUGGUUUUUGUCACUGCUGGCGCCCUUUACGUCUGAGGAGGCGUACCACAACCGGUUGGCGGAGCUGGGCCUCGACGAGGAGCGCGCCCUCGGUUCGACGGUGACUACCGACACGCUUGACCCCAACCAACGCACCAUACGCGAGGCCUACACGCUGAUCGACAGCAACCGAUACGCCAUAUCCGCGGUGAGUCAGCUGCCGAACUCGGCCGUGCGGGAGUCGGCGCUGGAGUCGUUGCUGGCGGAGCAGGAGGAGUUGCAGCGCUUCCUGCGGCAGUACGAGGCGCACGUGUCGUGUGGCGGGCCUCCGCCUGGACGAGACGGCACCGACGCAGCACCAGCAACAGCAGCGCCACCGACGGCGGCCCCGUCCUCCGCUUCCGCGUCCCGCACAGCUCCGUUGGUCGCGCGUGGGGGUGGAAAAGCCCAGGCGGUGAACAGCGCCGUGCUGAGUGCUACCGCUUUCUCCACCGGAUUGGGGGCAACGUCAACGACGGCGGCCGCCACCGAGGGGCUCUCGGCGUCUGAAGCAGCAGCACGGCGCACUCCUGCAGAGGCGCUCGGCGGAAACGGGGAAUCAAACGAUGCCAACACCGCAGACGCCGCGGGCGGCAAGGGGGAAGACCAGGGUCCAGCCAGUCGCCGCCGCGGCUCCGCUUCUUCUUCCUCGGGGCACUCUCCCCCUCCUCCCUCGAUGCCUUCGUCGCACCGGCACGUCCGCAACGCAAAGGAAGAGGUAAACGAGCACGGCCAGAGCAACGAGGACGGGCACCGCGUCGACGAAAGCGAUCCGGACACCCCCGUCAAGGCGGCGCUGCAGCGCUUCGGGGACGUCACGCCCACACCGUUUAGUCUCUUUGGCGCACACGAGCCCUUCAAGCCCACGGCGGCCCCGCUGGACUUCCUCCAACCACAGCUGCUACCCGCCACGGAGCAGGUCGCCCCACAGCGGCAGUCCACGCGCGCCUCCACGGCCUUUUUGUGGCCGCGCUUCCAGGCGCAAGCCGUCAUGCUGGGCUUCACCGUGUACCACUACUUCUACGUCGCGGUGGUGGAGUACAGCUUCGCCUUGGUGCGCUGCGAUGACACAACGAUGUCCGCUGUGGACACGGACGGAGCGGAGGCGGUGACUACCUCGCGACUUGUGUCGUACGUCUCACUGGUCGCCGACCGCCGGGUGAACUGCCAGAGCGACACCUUCGCCUCGUACCGAGUGGCCGGCCUCGUGCUCGGUUCGCUGUUCAGUGCCGCGCUUCCUCUGGCACUGCUGUGGCUUUCGCUGUGGGGGCCGCGCAGUUCCACGACGCGUGCAAGCGGUGUGGCGUACGUGCGGGAGUGCUGCGUAGCGAUACUGGGGCUCAGUGAGGACUUCCUCUGGUGGGAGGCCGUCUCGCUGCUGUACAAAUGGGCCCUCGUGUUGAUGCGCAACUUGAUUCCGUCCAGCAACGUGGCAGGGCUGGUCAUCGGCUGGUCCGUGCUCGCCUUCUGCACCGUUCUCGUGUACCUGCAGCCCUUCUACGACUUUUUUCCGCAGAGUCUACAGGUGAUCUCGUGGCUCUCCCUGACCGUUACGGCGUCGCUGCAGAUGCUGCCGCUGCUGCACUCCGCCACGAUGGUGAACGGCGUGUCGAAUAUUCCGACUGAGAUGCGAGCAGCGCAGCACGGGAGCGGUGUGCUGGUCGUCGCGCUUCCGUGUGUCACGCUCGCCGUGCUGCUCUUCGUCGUGUGGGCGGUGACCUUCUCUCGUCAGCGCUGGCGUCGUCUGGGCAACAUUCUCUUUGCGCUGGGUGGCGGGGUGGAGGUGCACAACAUCCUCCACUUCUUUGACAAGCGGAGGACGGCGGCAGCAGCGACGGCCGCAAAGGCGGUGCCGACGGGUUGGCAGGCGGCGAACGGCGCGGUGCCCUUCUCCUUUGUCGACUACAACUUGCGACUUGUUCGGCAGGCGGGGCGGUGCGACACCGCCGACGGCGCCGAAGAGACCGCGGUCACCGCCGUGACGCUGGAGGAUCAAAUCGCGCAGGCGGUGCGGGGAAAGGCCGCUGGCAAAGGCAGCCGCCACGGCGACGCCUCACUGUGGGCGAACUGGGGCGUCGUCGGUGGUCUGGCAGGGAUGGCGAACCACGUCUCCCUCUUCUCACGCUUUAUCCAGGAGAACGGAGGGGCGGUGCCGAGGGAGGGCGAGUUGGCGGCUGCGACGGCGGCUACGGGGUCCGCGAAGGAGAGCAGCACGCGGGUGGAUGCGGCACGGGAGUCGGUCGCGCAACCCUCGACGGUGAUGGACAAGGAGGUCGGGGAUGAGCUGCUGACCAUGUGUGAGCACCUGCGCCAGCUGGAACACUUUGUGCUGCAGAUGGAGAAGGAACUGGAUCGACGGACAGCGCGUUAA